UGCUGUUGUUUUUUUACGGGAAGCGCCCGUUGGUUUUUGAGGGGACACGGUGGCUUUUCCCUCGCGGCAGCGCUCCGAGCGGUUUCGGCGGGCGAGGCUGUGGGGCGUUGGCCGGGUGCUGGUGGCAGGAGGGGCCCCGCAGCGCUUCGCACCGCUAGAAUACAGCCCUGUCUCCGUGGGUUUUGUGGCAGACCGGGAAAUCUAUGAAGAGAUGCGAGCUUCAACCUGUCCCUGAGCCGGAGGGAGAGCGUGGCCAGUUGUGCUGCGCCCAGCCAUGUUGGUGCUGUAAGAUUGAGUCAUUCAGUUGGCUUCUGGCAGACUGAUUGCUAAGUCUAGAACAGAAGCGAACAAGUAAGCUUAAAGGGAAUACUGAAGAUACGCAGAUUUUGAGAAGGCUUUGAACCAUGGAUAGCCUCAGUACAGCAAAUACCACUUUUGCUGUCGACCUCUUAAGAGAGCUGCGUGAGAAGAGCAGCACAAAGAAUCUAUUCUUUUCUCCAUUUAGUAUUUCUUCUGCUUUGUCUAUGAUUUUGCUGGGUUCGAAAGGUAACACUGAAGCCCAAAUAGCAAAGGUGCUUUCUUUGAACAAAGCUGAGGAUGCUCACAAUGGGUAUCAAUCUCUUCUCUCUGAAAUUAACGACCCUGACACCAAGUACAUCCUCAGAACCGCUAACCGGCUUUAUGGAGAAAAGACAUUUGAGUUUCUCUCAUCAUUUAUAGAAUCGAGUCAGAAAUUCUACCAUGCUGGGUUAGAACAGACUGACUUCAAAAAUGCUUCGGAGGAUUCCAGAAAGCAAAUAAAUGGCUGGGUGGAAGAGAAGACUGAAGGUAAAAUUCAAAAAUUGUUGGCAGAGGGAAUUAUUAACUCAAUGACCAAACUUGUGUUGGUGAAUGCCAUCUAUUUCAAAGGCAACUGGAAAGAGAAGUUUGACAAAGAGAGCACAAAAGAAAUGCCAUUUAAAAUUAACAAGAAUGAGACCAAACCUGUGCAGAUGAUGUUCAGAAAAGGUAAAUAUAACAUGACCUAUAUUGGAGAGUUGGAGACCAAAGUCCUUGAGAUCCCUUACGUUGGUAAUGAGCUCAGUAUGAUCAUUCUGCUCCCCGAUGCAAUCCAGGAUGGAUCUACCGGCUUGGAAAAGCUGGAAAGAGAACUUACAUAUGAGAAGCUGAUGGAUUGGAUUAAUCCUGAAAUGAUGGACAGUACAGAGGUGAGAGUAUCUUUACCCAGAUUUAAACUGGAAGAAAAUUAUGAUCUGAAACCCAUCCUGAGCAAGAUGGGAAUGCCUGACGCAUUCGACUUACGGAUGGCGGACUUCUCGGGAAUCUCCUCUGGGAACGAGCUAGUGCUCUCUGAAGUGGUUCACAAGUCCUUCGUGGAAGUCAAUGAAGAGGGCACUGAAGCAGCAGCUGCCACAGCAGGAGUGAUGAUGCUACGCUGUGCUAUGAUCGUUGCCGACUUCACUGCCGAUCAUCCCUUCCUCUUCUUCAUCCGGCACAACAAAACUUCCAGUAUUUUGUUCUGUGGCAGAUUUUGCUCUCCCUAAAAAGAGAGACAGAAGCGCUGCCAUUAACACAAUAAUUUGGUUUCUUUUAGGAUAGAACUACUCUUUUGCACUAACUGCUUCUUUCCACUGUGCCUGAACCCCCUUACCUGGUUAUCAUUUUGGGCUUGAAUAGAGUAACAAAGCUGCUUAGACAUACACAGCAGCUGCCACUUAAAACAGCUGCCUUACCCUGUGCACUUAAGUAGAGAGUUGUUUUCUUGCUGGCACAAGAAACACACACCCCACUUGCUUACUGAACUUUAACCUGUCUUGUAUUUUCUGUUGCACUUCUUGUGGCCUCCAGAGAGCAAAUCAGACAGUGACAUCUUGUAGAAAAAGUUGAUUUCAUUCCUGACUAUACUGGAAGAUAUCUUGUGCUCUGCUCCCCAUUUUUCUUCCUAUCCCCAGUUAUUUUUCAUUUUCUUUCUUCUUCAAUGUUUUGAUAAUGGAGGGAGAUGUAAGGAGGCUUUGGCAACCUCUUUAAGAGUUACUAAGCAUCUGAACUAGACAGGUUUUAUUAUAACUGGAUAGCACUUAUGUAAGAAUGGGAAUAAAAGUAUGUCUGUAACAAAUGACCUUAGGUUUUCAUGGGGUAAGGAUUCCUAUCUUAACACCAUGUGUGCCACCUGAGAAUAUUAACAAUCACCUAGUUCAGUAAGCUUUAAAAAAAGAAGUGUUUAAAAAAAAGCAUAGAUGCCUAUACAGUAUUUAAGUGACAGGGCUUUAUUUUUUUCCAAUCUCUAUAUAUUUUUUCCUAUUCAGGGUUUGUUAAACUUCAUUAAACUGAAUGCCAAAGGUUUCCUAACACAGUGAUUUGUUUUGCUGUUCUUGAAAGAAUAAAACUUGUUGUGAGUGCUGUGGGA